AUGCUUCCUCUUUCCCUUCUUAAGACUGCACAAGGCCACCCUAUGUUGGUGGAGCUGAAAAAUGGUGAGACUUAUAAUGGACAUUUGGUUAAUUGUGAUACAUGGAUGAAUAUUCAUCUCCGAGAAGUUAUUUGUACCUCUAAAGAUGGAGAUAGAUUUUGGAGGAUGCCUGAAUGCUACAUACGGGGAAAUACGAUUAAGUAUCUUCGAGUUCCCGAUGAGGUUAUUGACAAAGUUCAGGAAGAAACCAAGAGCCGAACAGACCGCAAGCCGCCUGGUGUUGGACGUGGUAGGGGAAGAGGUAGGGAGGAUGGUGCUGGUGCUGGUGGACGCCAAACAAAAAGCAUUGGGCGUGGUUUUGAUGAUGGUGGUGCUAGAGGAGCCGGAGGCCGAGGCAGGGGUGGCCCAAGUGGAAAGCCUGGAGGAAGCAGAGGUGCUGGACGAGGUAGAGGUUGA